UUCCUGCAAACUGCAGCAGCUCUGGCACUUACAGCAGCACAGACUUACCUGGUUGGCUUUGCUCUGUGCCACUGCUGGCCUGUACUUCUGAACUGAAAGCGAAAAUGCAGUUUCUCAUGACACCAGGUUGCAUUAAGUGUGGGAGGAGCCAGUGAAAUGGGUUUUUCUCUGAGGUCCAUUGACUUCUCGUUUCCUUUGGAAGAGGAGCUGAAUGAUUUGGGAUCUGGAAAAGUUGCACAGGCACUUGGAGAAGGGAAGAGGCAUGAAGGCAUCCUUGGACACAAACAGCUUCUGAGGGAGAAGACUGAGGAGAGAGAAGCUUGCCCUGGCACUGUGGAGGAUCUGGGAGGAUCUGGGCAGCCCCAUGGACUCUCCCCAUCUCCUGCACUUGGGUUUCCUGCUCCUGGCUCUUGCUGCUCCCCGUCCAAAUAUUGCCAUGUCCAGUGUUGGCCCUGCUGACAGGUCACAAGGCAGAAUUACGACAAUCUACUACUGCAAGGACUAUAAAUACUGCACAUGCAAGAAAGACCAAAACGAUUUAAAAAAUUUUACAAGAAUUGCUGAAAUACAAAACAAGAGAAAUACUAUGUCAGAUGUACCAGUUGAGUUGGUGAACAACAAAUCACACAUCACUGUUUGCUUUGAGAAUGCAGAUUCCUCUCCUGAAGGAAUGUAUGGCCUCUACUCAGAUGAAACAGGUCAACCAAAAAUCUGGUGUGGCAACCUGAAUUCUGGAGGAAAUGGAGGAGGUAACAUCAAUACUGAGGAGAAGAAUGUUUGCUGUGAAGCAGAGGCAGUUGCCUGGAAUCACAACUCUCACCUGAACUGCUACAUUCAAAAAUCACACCCAAAACCCACAUCACUGCCAAUUGCCAUUCCUGAGGAAAUUCUAGGUAAUGCUGAAUUUCUCACCAGCAAGAGCAGCCUUGGCAUCUUGUUGGCAUUCCUGUUUGCUGGGGUUUGCGCAGGAUGGGGCACCAUGUUUUACUUCUUGCGGUUGCGGCGUCGCCAAGCUUUUAAGCAAGACAGACAGUCUUCUGACAGAGAAAAGCUCACACAUUCAUGAUAACCAUAUCAAGGGAGAAAACCUCUGCCAGCAGCAUCCUCCUCCUCUCUCACGAUGCACAGCGACCAGCAGAACACAGACUGAUUUUCCAUGAGACCUCCUGCUGUAGUAUCCCAAAUUGUCCUGUUUUCACAAAUGUAGCUUCACCACAUCCACACCUUCCCUGAGCACAAUGACUCUUGUCCAGCUCCAGGCCUUUGUGAGCAGCACAGGCAGCACCAGGACCCCCAUCCUCUGCUGGUACUUGGCUGCAGAGAGUAGACACCCCAGGGUGUGGGGCUGACAGCAGCACAGGCUGACAGCAGCUGAAUUCUCUCUGUGACAAAGUGGGGACAGCUCUGGAGCACUUCCCAUGCCCUCUGCACACCUUUCACUUUGGAAUGCCACAGCAGCACCCAGGUGCCUGUAUUGUUUUAAUUCUCAGGUCAUCUCUGCAUUCACCAAAGCUUUUCCACCACCAGCUGACUGGUAGGUUGAACUGGAAAAGCUGGGAUGAGAUAUUUGGUUUUGCCCCCACCUGCAGACUGAGUCUGAAUGUUUGUUCCUGUGCAGGGCUGGGAGGGAGGUUGUGUCCAGCUGCCUCAGGAAUGGCAUUGGGUCACAGAGGCCUUGGUCUCCCCCCAGACUGCACAGAACUCUGGCAUCAAUCUUCCUCACAAAUUAGCCAGUUUAGACAGAGUGAGAUGAGUACAGCCCCUCAGGAAUCCCACUGGGUACUUGGUAUCCUUAAAUCAUUCCCCAUUCCCACUUGAUUUGAGUAAAUCCUCAGCUUUUGCAUUGGAUCUAAUUUAGUAUCAAGACUGUUGAUCAAAAAUCAGUGGCAGCACAAGGGAAGAAGCAAAUCCCUAAAGCAAUGUGAAUGUUUGCUGAAUCAGUGUAAUUUUGUCCUUAAACACAAGCACACACAGGGACAGCUCUUGGCUCAUUUCUGCUUUGAUUGACUGGAUUUUGUAGCUUGUUUUUCCCUCAAUUGCCUUAACCAUCCAGUCAGUAGCAGAGUGAACCUUGGGACAAACUCUGUUGUGCUGGUGCUUAAUAUCAAAUCUGGAUUUUACUGAUCCCCUUGCUGGUGAUGUUUUCAGAGAUCUCCAACACUUGGAACAGGUGUUUCCCAUUUGAUCCUUCUGCUCCUUGCUAUUCAUUGCACAAGUGCUUCUUGCUCAGUUUCUUGGGAUAUUGGGGUCACUGAAGAGCUCUAAGGGUCUCAUUAUACAUUUGUAUACUUUUAUUUCUCAGGAUAGCCUGGGCUUCUGCAAUCCUUUUUCAGAGAAUCUGUAUUAUCCAAUUUCUGAUGUUAUUAAAUGCUUUUAUGUAUAUAAAAAA